AUGGCGAGGCGCGUCGAGCCUGACUCUGGCAGCGCAGCCAGGGCGAGCCAGGACCAGCGAGCCAGGACCAGCCAGGGCAGGGCCACUUUUGGCGGGCUCACUCAAAACCCCCCGCCAAAUCGUCGCCCACCCAAAACCCCCCUUUGCCUUCCCUCCGCCAACUCUCCCUCACCCACACCACACACGCUACCGCCCGCACCCCCCGCCAACAGACAUACACAGCUGGCGGGCAUGGCGGCGCGAGCUCAGGCUUCGGGCGAGCCACCACAUUCCAAUUACCUGUCGCGUGCAUCGUACGGCGGAAUGGCCUCCUCAUCGCCUGUGGAUGGGUCGGAUUUCGUCGUCGUCGCCAUCAGGGCCAGACGGAUGAAGCUCACACCAUCGCAACGCGCACCGAGCCGGUCCUGGCAGAGCAGCUCCGCGUGCCCAACGCGUCUCGCUUCGCUACCUCUGACCAAGAUGGCCAAGGCAGACACCAAGACCAAGUCGUCGACUUCGACGCAGAAGCGCACCACCAAGUCCAAGAAGGACCCUGCCGCCCCCAAGCGCCCGCUCUCGGCAUACAUGUUCUUCUCGCAGGACCACCGCGAGCGCGUCAAGCAGGCCAACCCCGAGGCGGGCUUCGGCGACGUCGGCCGCCUGCUCGGUGCCAAGUGGAAGGAGAUGUCCGAGGCCGAGAAGAAGCCGUACAACGACAUGGCCACGCGCGACAAGGCGCGUGCCGAGGCCGAGAAGGCUGCGUACAGCAAGCGCCGAUGA